AUGAUCUCAUCACGCUUGCCAGGCGCAGCUACUAACAAAGCAACGUGCUAUUUUCAGGGGGCAGGUCACUCUUGGGGAAAAUUGUUGACUUGGGACCCGAGAGGAUACACAGGCCAAGCGACAGCCCCAAGACGUUACAAGUUCGACGAGGACCAGGUGUAUAAGAAGGCUAAGACUGAGUCUAAGUACUUCCCUUCUACGAGCGAACAGAGUGACUUCGAUAUCGCUGUGAAGGACGUGGUCAAAGGGGCGGUUUUGGGGGUCGAGGAUGGAUAUUGGCCUGAGCCGUUGGUGAAAGGCCUCGGAACACUGAUGAAUGGGUCGGAUGUUAUUGUGGCUGCAGUCUCCUAUGGUUUCUCCUACAAUAUAAAACACAGGAUAGAUGGAGUAGUACAAGCAGGUGACUGGACUGAUCGCGAUCGUAUGAUGCUAAUCCCGCCAUUUCUACUGGCCUCAAUUAUGAGCAGGGAAGAGAUACCGGAUUUCAUCGUGACGCCUUACAAGGAAGUCUAA